UUAUUUUUCUGCCUUAAAAUCCUUUUAAUUGUGAGGAAAAUUGUAAAAUGGGCGUAUCAUGCAUGCAUUCGAAGCUUCUCCGUCAGCAUAAAUCCAUCAUUAUUCCAUAAAUCUCUCUCUCUUUCUCUCUUCAUGAUCUCAAUGAAAUGCCAUUUUCAAUUUCAGUUUCGUUGUUAAUUAAUCCUUACUUCUUUGGUUUGGUAUUGUUUUUGGGAAGAGAAUGAAAUUAGAAAAUCAAGUUAAAACAUUGAUCCACAUGAUUGUGUUGGUCAAUUUUCGUUUUCCUGUGUGUGAUCCAAUCGAUGUUCUUCCAUAUAAUUAAGUUUCUUGUUGCUUUUUUUUUUUUGUAGAGGUUAUGAUUUCUCUGUGACUGGCCUUGAAAAUGAAAUUGGGAAGCCAGAUGAAACACUGAUGUGGAUGAUGUUAAACAAAAGCCAAAGUCAGUCGAAGAGAUCUUGAAGAUAGACACCACAUAAGAAUGGUAGAAUAGAAGACUGGUCUCAAAAGGUUCUUGGUGGAAGUGAAUCUCAAGAUCUCAAGAUACAUAGAUUGCUGCUAUUUCUUUUGCCAAACAGGUUGGUUAAUUUUCUCUUCUGGGUCGUUGAGAUGGCUUGAAUAUGGAGCAUUGUCCACUCACAUAUGGAACAAUCCAAAAGACUGCCACUGCUUUUGAUACAUAGCCGGUGUUUCCACAACUUUGGAUAGGUCUCUCUGCUGUGAGCCAUGCUGGAGUAACCAGUACUUACACUAGAGUAGCUGAACCUUCGGAAGAAAUGCCACUCGAAACUUUUCCUCCUCCUGCUGGCUUAAACGCUCCUGAACAAGUUCAUAUAACGCAAGGAGAUCACAACGGUCGAGGUAUGAUAAUUUCGUGGGUGACACCAAUAAACGAUGAUGGUUCUAACAUUGUUAAGUACUGGAUCGCCACUAGUGACAAAAGUACAAAUCUGAGCGCUGAAGCGUCAACGACGUCUUAUAGAUACCAUGACUACACCUCUGGUUUUCUUCAUCAUGCCACCAUUAAAGGGCUUGAGUACGAUACUAAGUAUUUCUACGAGCUUGGAACUGGUCGUUCCACUAGACAAUUCUCCUUCACGACCCCUCCUAAAGUCGGUCCUGAUGUUCCCUACACAUUCGGCAUCAUGGGUGAUCUUGGACAAACCUAUGCCUCCAACCAGACAUUGUACCAUUAUAUGUCAAAUCCCAAAGGCCAAGCAGUGCUGUUUGUUGGAGACUUGUCAUAUGCCGAUGACCAUCCAAACCACGACCAAAGAAAAUGGGAUUCUUAUGGCCGAUUUGUGGAACCCAGUGCCGCGUAUCAGCCUUGGAUCUGGGCUGCAGGGAACCACGAGAUUGAUUUUGCCCAGUGGAUUGGCGAGACUCAAGCCUUCAAGCCAUACAUGUACCGUUACCACGUUCCUUAUAGAGCAUCGCAGAGCACUUCUCCGCUUUGGUACUCAAUCAAACGAGCCUCUGCUUACAUCAUUGUACUCUCUUCUUACUCAGCUUUCGACAAGUACACACCGCAAAAUUCAUGGCUUGAGAGUGAGCUCAAGAAGGUAAACAGAGAAGAGACUCCAUGGCUGCUUGUUCUAGUCCACUCUCCAUGGUACAACAGCAACAAUUAUCACUAUAUGGAAGGUGAAAGCAUGAGAGUCACAUUCGAGCCAUGGUUUGUCCAAAACAAAGUUGAUAUUGUCUUUGCUGGUCAUGUUCAUGCCUACGAGAGAUCUGAACGUGUCUCCAACAUUAAGUACAAUAUCACUGAUGGUUUGAGUUCUCCUAUUAAAAAUCCAUCUGCUCCGAUUUACAUCACCAUUGGAGAUGGAGGCAAUAUAGAAGGAAUAGCUAACGAUUACACGUAUCCCCAACCGAGUUACUCAGCUUAUAGAGAGGCUAGUUUUGGACAUGCUAUGUUAGAGAUAAAGAACAGGACUCAUGCACUUUACACUUGGCAUAGGAACCAAGAUGAUGAACCUGUUGUCGCUGAUUCUUUAUGGGUGAAGAAUAGAUACUUCUUGCCAGAAGAGGAUGAGACACUUUCCGGCAACUCUAGGGAUUGAUUAGCUUUGGUUUCCUAGUUUUGUUUUUUUAGGAUUUCUAUUUCAGAUUAGUUAGUAUUCUGUGUUCUUUGAACUUUGGUAGGCUUUUGCGUUGUUUUCUUUGAACUUUGGUAGGUUUUUGCGUUGUUUUCUUUGAACUUUGGUAGGUUUUGUGUUCUUUAAACUUUGGUAGGUUAGUAUCUACCCGUUGUGUUGGAACUAUCUAGCUAAUGAAUAGAUAAUAAU